GUCCAAUCAGUUAUCAUGGCGCGCCUUGGACGAGAUGAUCAUGAAGAGCGCGCGGCCGCGACAGAAGACACGCCGCUGUUGGCGCCCGUCAAGGACUACCAAACGCACAUUCUGCCUCACAAGCCCCUGUUGAUGGUCUUUGCGGCGCUGGCUCUCGUUCAGUUUACUUCAUUCCUGGAUCAGACUGCCAUCUCGACCACUCUGCCUGCUAUCGCCUCUAGUCUGAACACGGGAUCGUCUAUCUCGUGGGUUGGCGCCAGUUUCUUGACCACCAGCACCAGUAUCCAACUCAUCAAUGGACGACUGUCGGAUAUCUUUGGCCGUAAAGCAUGUCUCAUCACCACUCUGGCUAUUAUGGGGUUCGGCAACUUUCUCUCUGGUCUCUCCCAGACUCCCACUCAACUGUACGCAACACGAGCAUUCACUGGUUUCGGUGCCGGUGCGAUCAAUGCGCUGGUGCAGAUUGCCGUCUCCGACAUCACCACCUUGGAACAGCGAGGAUACUACUUUGGGAUCCUCGGUAUUGCCGUUGCCCUUGGUAAUGGCCUUGGUCCUGUUGUUGGAGGAUGGUUGACCGAACUGACCUCGUGGCGAUGGGCAUUCUGGUUCAUCUGUCCGUUGACCAUGGGUGCCAUUGUUCACCUUGGUUUUGUCCUGCCCAGUUCGACGGCUCCGGAGGAUAUUUGGGCGAAAUUGAAGAAGAUUGACUGGUUGGGAGUGUGCACUAGCAUGCUGGCUAUUGUGUUCAUUUUGAUUCCUGUAUCGCAAGGAGGGUCGUCUAUCGGAUGGAACUCCCCCUUCACCUGUGGCAUGUUGAUCAUCGGUGUUCUCCUGUUUAUCGCCUUCAUCGUGAUUGAAUGGCGUUUUGUCAAGUACCCUGUCCUUCCAAUGCACCUGUUCAAAAACGGCCGCUCCACCAAUAUCCUCCUGGGACUCAACCUGAUGAUCGGCUGGGUUUUUUGGGGAAAUCUCUUCUACAUCCCUCUCUAUUUCCAAAACGUGCGAGGCUGCAGUCCUGCUGUCGCUGGAUCGUAUAUCCUCCCCAUGGUCAUUGCUCAUGGCAUGACAUCGGGGCUUACAGGGAUUGGCGUUGCAUACUUGGGUCACUAUAUGCCUAUUAUUCGGUCUGGGGCUUUUCUCUGGGCAGUCGGUGCGUCUGUCAAGGCCCUCCUCUAUAACCAGAGCUCUCCUGUUUGGAUGUUCUUCGUCCUUGGUAUUUUCGAAGGAUACGGUGUUGGAUGUUCGCUGCAACCUGCUCUGGUUGGACUGCUUGCUGGAUCUCACAACGCAGACCGGGCUGUGAUGACUGGUCUGAGGAACUUUCUCCGUGACAUUGGUGGUGCUGUCGGCAUAACAGUAUCCGGUGCUAUUCUCAACAACACUCUGCAGAGAUCGCUGCAAGCAAAAUUCACUUCCGACCUCAUCUCACAGCUAACCUCGUCCGCCUUUGCUCUGGGCGAUCUCCCUCUGUCUAAUGAAGACAAGCAACUCAUCUCCUCGGUGUACUUGCAUGGUGUGAAGCGUGUUUUCCUCUCGUAUGCCGGUUUGAUGAUUUUCAUGUUUGUUCUGUCGCUGUUUAUUGAGGACUAUGGCCUGCAGAGGAAGCAGCCGAAUCGAGCUGACUCUGAGAGUGAGUCUGACAAUGAGUCUGGUUAUGAGAGUGAGUUGUGAAUAUGUGGUUUCGGAUGGGUGAGGUGUGUAUGAUAUGUAUACAUAGCGC